GAGAGAGAGACAGAAAAAAGAGGGGUUAUGUUAGAUCCAGCGAAUGACUUGGUUCCACCACCCUCGUCUCCGACAAUCUCUUCCGUCUCUUCCUCCGAUCUAGACACUGAGGUAUGGCCCUCCAAAUUUCACACCAUUCUUCGCUUAGAUUCACGCAAUUCUUGUAUAUAGUUUUUCCAUUUCCUUUGCAGUCGACAGGUUCAUUUUUCCAUGACCGAAGCACAACACUGGGCACCCUAAUGGGAGUCACCUUCCCAGCAAUUACAUUCCGAGCUCCCUCUCUAUCUCAGCACCGCCAACCCACCACCAACACGGCCGUCGAAAAUUCAGUCGGCGACGCUGGGCGGAGAAGCAAGAAAUCAAAGAAAAUAGCCGCUAUGGUGACGGAACAGCGGUGGCGGAGGAGGAGGUGGUGGACUCUGUGCAGCGAUUACGGGUCAAAGCCAUCGUCUUUAGGCGAGUUUCUAGAGGUGGAACGGAGGUUCGGAGAUGGGGCUUUUUUCGGUGCUGCGGCGGAGCUUGAAGGGGUUGAUAUUCAGCCCGGGAAUAAGCGGAGUUUGUUUGCUGAUGGACGGGUCCUACCGCCCGUAGAUGUUGAGGAAGAAGGGUCAUCUACGGCUGCUAGUCUUUGUAGAUUUCCGGUUUCUCUUACUGGCAUCUGUAGUGGUGGCAGUGGUGGAUAGGAUUUGAUUUGGCCUUU